AUGUCAACAAGUGAAGAAAUUGUAGAAAUACAUUUAAAUAAUGGACUUGAAAAUGGUAAUCGAACUAUGAACGCAUUUAUGAUUUAUAGAAAAGAUCGUGCGCGCAAAAAUCCUAACCGUUCAUGGAAUAAUUCACCAAAAUUGGCAAGUGAAUCGUGGAAAAAUGAAUCAAACAAAAUCAAAGACCAUUAUAAACGUAUGGCGGAAAAUGUCAAAAAAGGAUUUAAAAAGAAAAUUCCUUAUUGUUUUAUUCACAGCAAUCUGGCUGGUACAGAUGGUAAUGAAACCAACCCUCACACUAUCCUCCAUAACUCUUCAGACACUACCUACUGUAAUCCCCCUAUGGACAAAAAUUCUCCGAAUAUAGACCAAAACAUUUCGGACACUAUCAAUCAUAAUCCUAUAAACAUUCAGCAAACCUAUCCUCAAGGAAUUACCUACUAUAAUCCUCCUAUGGACGAAAAUUUUCCGGAUAUUAUCAACCAUAAUUCUUCAAACAUUCAGCAAACCUAUCCUCAAGGAAUUACUUUCCCUAAUUCGGUCGGUUGUACAAAUAUUAUGGGCCAGAACUAUUCAGACACUACCUACUGUAAUCGUCCUAUGGACAAAAAUUGUCCGAAUAUAGACCAAAACAUUUCGGACACUAUCAACCAUAAUCCUUCAAACAUUCAGCAAACCUAUCCUCAAGUAAUUACCUUCCCUAAUUCGGUCCAAAUCAUCUGUUGUACAAAUGUUAUGGACCAGAACUAUUCAUACAAUACCUACUAUAAUCUUCCUGUAGACAAAACUUCUUCGAUUAUAAACCAAAACAUUUCGGGCAUCAACCAUAAUCUUACAAACAUUUCCAGUCAGCAAACCUAUUCUCAUAUGAAACAAAACCUUCCAGGAACUAUUUUCCCUAAUCCAGACCAAAUUAUCGAUUAUUAUCCAUUUAUAGAUAUAAAUCAAGGCAUAUUCUUCUAUCAUAUGGACCAAAAUAUCUCCAGGAACUACUUUCCUAAUCCCGACCAAAUCAUCAAUUCAUUUACAGAUAUAAAUAAAGGCACUUCCUUCUCUAAUUCUUUACCUUCAAAUUCUCUCAACACUAUUUACUCACAACAAUCUGUGAAUAUGGGUCAAUUAUCUAUGAAUCAAAAUUCUCCUGAUAUUAAUUGCCCAAAUCUUUUUGAUGCCAGCUGCUUAGAUCAUCCAGAUCAAAAAUGA